AUGUAUCUCUUCCUUCCGUUGUUGCUGGUCCUCCAGCUGGGUGCUGGGGUCGCGCGCGCCGGGCGCGCGUACGGCGAGCAGGUCACCUUCGACGUUCAGCCGACCAAGAGGAUUGCCAUUGUCGGCGCUGGUGCGGCUGGGAUCGCCACCGUGAAGGCGAUCAUGGACCUGGACGAGGAUCUGCGACGCGGCUGGGACGUGGUAGUAUUCGAGGAGCGCGCGGGCGUUGGCGGUUUAUGGCGCCCAGAUACCAAACCUGUCCCCUCGCCACCAGAGAUACCCGAGACGCCGUUAUACCACAACUUGCAAACCAAUGGACCACACCCGCACAUGACGCUUCCGGGCACCCUCUUCAGGCCAGAGACGGAGUUGAUACCCAUCCACCAGAAGGUCCUGCUCUAUCACGAGGAUACGGUCGAGGACUUCAAUCUCUCUCCCUACAUCAAACUCGAGCACUCAGUCCUCGAAACGAAGUGGGUGGGCACAUCGACUGAGGGCUUCUGGGACAUAUUGGUCGAAGAUCGACGUGAUGGAACGCUUCAGCGCCAAUCCUUCGACCACCUCGUCGUCGCCACCGGCUGCAACCGUUAUCCUCACUACGCAGACCUUGUAGGGGAAGAUGAAUGGCUCGCCGCGAACAGGACGUUGAUCCACUCGAUGUACUACCGUCAGUCCGACGCUUUCGCCGGCCAGAAUGUCGUGGUCGUUGGUGCAGGACCCAGCGGAUGGGACAUCGCUGCGCGUCUGGUGGAGCAUACGAAUUCGACAUACUGGGCACGCGACACACGCGAGGAGAACCCAGAUGCACCGGGUUUCCCCGUUCCCUCUGGGUGUAACGGGCGACCUCGGAUCUCUAGUGUCCAUGCGAAUGGGACCGUCCGCUUCACAGAUGGCACUGAGGCACAGAAUGUGCACUCGAUCAUCCUUGCCACUGGCUAUGACCGUCGCGUCCCUUUCCUUACGUCUGCUGGACUCUUGGAUGAGGUGGCCGAGCAUACGAACGCCACUCAGCGACUGGCUACGAACAACCGCUAUCUGCGUCCCGUUUAUGAGCACACGCUCUCGCUCGAUCCCACGUAUCCCCUUGGUGCCCUGUACUUCAACGGUCUUUUGUCGUAUAACCCGACGGGCAUGUGCAACUACGCUCAAGGGCUGUUCGUGGCAUACACGAUCGCGCGCCCAGAACUACUCGACUCCCGUCAAGAGUUACGCGACGCGUUAGUGAAGCGCGAGCAGUGCGUUCGCGAAGCCGGUUUCGACCCAGCACGCGCAGGCCAUCGACCGCUAGGCUACAGAAACUGCGAGCAUACGUGGUUCGAGGACGAGAUGAUCAACUACCUCAAGCGCCACGGACUCGCGGGAUCUCCCGGUGUACCAGCGCUCGAUGUGAACUACACGACCACGCGGAGAGAGCAGACGUACUUCAAGGCGUUCGACAUGCUCAUGGCUUGGAAGCAGGGUAUUCAGCCUCAGGGCGAGGAGUACGUUCGCCAGUGGGUUGAAGGUCGCGAGACGGAGGAGGAUUGGUUCCAGUUGAUGGAGAAGCUCAUUGCGUGGUGGGACGAGCACAAGCCGAAGGCGUUGCAGAGCUCCUUUCAUGAUGUACCCCUCUUCUGGUUCUAA